UAAUACUACAUGUACAUGUAUAUUAUGAAACACUGGGAGAGAUUUCGAACAAGAAUGCUUUUUUUUUUCGAAGAAGAAAUAUGAUUGUUUGUACUUCCUGAUAACCAUCCCCACAAGAAGUGGAAAAUGAAGUUAUACAUCCAUCAGAAAAGUUUCAGAGAGGAACAUGUGAUCAUCAAUCCCAAUGACUUUCCUUCAAUCAAGAUCGGAGAUUUCCUGGAGAUAUUCCACCCUGACGACAAACAAAGUCAUCUUUUGGUCCAAGUGCAAACUCUGAGUGUAGAGCUACCUCAAAAAGGUGUGGUGAGUGUGGAGCAGGGUGUGGCCUCCCUCUUCCAGCUCCGAGCCUAUCAGACAGUCCAGGUGAGACGGGUAGAGCCAGACAGUCAAGAUGUAGCGCUAGACCUGGUGGAAUUGGUCUUCAAGGACCAGUAUAUCAGCAGGAGUGACAUGUGGAGACUCAAGAACAGUCUGGUGAAAUCAUGUCUCCACAUCCAGCAGAAGGUUGAGAAAUGUGGGAUAAGAGCUCAAGUCCAGGACCUGUGGUCCAGGGGCGGCACCGUGGCCUGCGGGGUUGUGACAAGAGAUACAAGACUAGCCUUCAGAUCUGCUACAGCCAUGGUCUAUCUCUUCAUUCAGAUGAGUUCAGAGAUGUGGGACUUUGAUACAUGUGGUGAUUUAUACAUGGAGAAGGCUGUGAAUGGGUUUCUGAUAGAACUCUUUACAAGAUGGAAAGAGAAGAACAGCAAUCAUGAGCUGAGUAUUGUACUCUUCUCACGGACAUACUUUGAAGCAGAUUCUUUCGAUAAGUUUCCAGCUGAAAUGAGGCCUAGACUUCAUGUCCAUGAAAAUGGUCGCUUCUAUGAGGAUUAUUACAGGGUAUUUGCUCAGAAUGAAAGGAGAGAUGACUGGUUACAGGUCCUUGCCCCUCUGAAAGCCACCAUGCUACGCUAUGCUAAAGAUAUCAAAGACUGGCAAAGACAUGCUGGAUGUACUAUAAAGGGUGAAAACUCCAAUGCCUGUCAAGGAAAUCUUCUCGAGGCUUUGAAUCUCAGCCUUAAUGUGUUCGACAACCACUAUAUGAACCGUAACUUUGACCGGACUGGUCAACUAGUCAACAUAAUAACACCAGGGGCCGGAGUCUUUGAGGUGGACAGGACACUGUGUAAACUGACCGAACAACGAAUGAUUGACUACGGAAUUGGGAGUGAUGUUGUCUGCUUGGCGGAACAACCACUUCAUCCAGUACCACUCCUUAAGUUCCUGGAUUCAUUAAACAAGAAUGCACCUUGCAAAGACAAAUAUAACAUUCCACAUUGGUUAAACUACAGCUUCUACCUAUCGCCUAGUCAAAAGAGAAGGUACCAGUCUACCCAAACAUCUUUCAUCUCCAGAUUACGACUUCCCGAUAGAGUGGAUGAGGAUUCUCCUUGGGCACCGAACAGCUACUCCGCACUCCCCAAAGUCCCAUCCUCGGGUCGUUUCCAUAGCGACAGCUCAAGGAGCACCCUAAGCAGCGAAGGGUCGUGUGGGGAUUUCAGGACGAAUGAGAGAGAUGAUGACGAGGACGAGGAUGAGAAGUUCGAUCGACAUGAUAGCAAGCUCUUCCAGCGAGGCAGGAGGAGGAUGUCCAAGGUCCACUCUUUGAACAAUCCCUUCUGUCCGGACACCCUAUCGGUCAUCCUCACCGCUGACCGCAGGAGGUGGACGCAUGCCUUUCCCCAUGGUCCUAAUGGUGAGAUGAUUCAGCUUCACCAUCGUCACCUUGUCAAGGUCCCAAGUGAUCAGGAUAUACUAGACCCCACCCCUACCCACACCCCUAGCGAGGGGGUGAGUGCAUCCUCUAGUGGUUCUAGUCUGAAUGGUGCCUCCGCAAACCCAAGUUCAGAUAUCCGUCAUGGUAGGUGGGUGCAGGUGGAUACCAGGCGUCGUAGAGGCUGCGUGUGGGGUAUCACGGGGGAGCAAGCUUGGACCCCUUUCUUACAAUCAGGGAUGGAUUGGAAGUCGAUGACAUUCACAGCCUGUUUUCCGAUAACGACCGACUUCUAUCCCCUGAACCAAGCAUUAGAUAGUGACUAUCAGGAGAGACCGUAUACAAUCUGCCUUGAAGAGGAGGAUGACGAACCGACAAACAACUCAAAUGUCAACAAAGUCUUCCAGGAACUCAUCUCCCAGAGACUCAUACAGGAUUUCCAGUUGGUUGUUCUACCUCAGCAAGAACAGGCUGGAUUGGCACAGAGAAACAGGAAAGAUCAGCCUUUAGUGACUGAUCAAAGCAAGGAUAUGUGUGUAUUGAGCUACGCCAAUGCCUUCCACAAGCUAACUCUGAAUGCUGAUACUAAUGAUAUAGAAGUGGUUCUUUAUACUGCCAGGAAGAGUUCCCCAAGCCCCAAGCUUGCAUAUACCUACUCCUUAUGGCCGCUCCACAAAGAUGCCUAUGAGAUGGCUCAUACUAGGAUGUACCACAAACCAGUGGAGAAUGAUCGAUGGAAUUAUAGAGAUAGUUACAUCUCCUUCGGUGGUAUGGCAUCCAGAGAAGGAUUUGAACUGCAAGAGUGUGUGAAAUUCUGGCGGUCAAGAUUUGUCCUCCUCCCCUCGCACUCCUCCACACUCCGGCAGAUGUCUGAGAGGGGUUACCAAGGCAACCUAGAUGUUUACAGGAGCGAGGAAGCGUUGUCAAAGUAUCAUCUGCUUGUGGAGGGUUUCCUGAGGUUCUUUGAAGGGCUCAAUCGAAGAAGGACUCGUCUCAAUGUUCCUCCAGCGAGUGGUUCCAAAAGUCAGAGGAUAUCUCAAGGUGACCUUGGUCAGAGCGCCACCAGCCCUGGCUACCGGAAGAUCACCCAGAGCGGUACCUCCACCCCCACCAGCCACCACUCCUCUCUAACCCUCACCACCGGCUCCCUGCAUUCCCUGCUCUCCGGUGUGGUAGCAAGCCGGAAGGAGGACCCGUCCAGCGAGCCAGGGAGCCCUAAGUCUCCAGAUAAGAGAGAUGGGAAACCUCAUCAAGCCAGUUCAUUUGCUUCCGUCGUCAAGGCGAUGAGAGAUCCAAGCACUGGUCUUGGCUUCAUAGGAGGUGACCACAGAGGGCUCCCUUCUGAUUGUUUUACGACAGCGGAGGCGGUGAGCUGGAUCAGGAAGACUUUUAUUGAUCAGCCGAACCAUGAACAAGCAGUCACAUUCUUGCAGGAGAUGCUUAAUGAUGGAUAUAUCUACUCAGUGUUCAGUAGCAGAGGAGCCAAGCAGAUCAUAUAUGGUUACUACAUCUAUUCUCUUCAUGACAAUCAAUCAGAAUCCCAGGGUAAUUCAUCCAAGCCUGUGAUUGGUCAGCCGUUGUAUGACAUACCGCCUCAGCAGGAGUGGUUUCAAGCAGCGUGUACCGUCGCUCAGGACAAACAGGACAUACCUGAACGACCCGACGGACCAGGCCUGUGCCUUCUGCCUGUCUAUAAGAGCAUCGUUCUUGAGAUGUGGAACACAGACCUAGACCAUAUGGAAUACUGUCAAGCUAGUUUCCAUAGCAACUACCAGCCUGACCACGCCUUUGAUAUGGAGCUUCAGUGGUUGACAUCCACACCAGGAUUACUGAAUGAUCUAAUCAUGAACUGGUUACGUAGAGCUCAGAGCUCUGGCUUUCAUCUCAUCCCAUCGCACGUUGAUCCAUUCUGCUUCUGGGAAGAUAUCUCGGAUCCCCUUUGUAGUCCUGUAUUUAUCCCUCUUUCCUUACAAGAUGGCUCUGACAUGGGACCAGAUCUACUAGCGAAAUUGCAGGAGAUUAUACUGAAAAGAUUUGGUUUCCUUGCCAACCACACAUCCUGCUUGAGUCCCUUACCGGGCUCUGCAUCGAAGGACUCUCCCUACUCAAGCAUUCAUGUGCAAUAUGUCCAUGUAACAGGGGUGACUUUUGCCCUACCGACCCCUACCCAGGCCGAUACCACCUCACCACGCCCCGAUAAGCUACCUUGUCUCUGCUCGGCUUGGAAAGAAUCCAGAAACAAUAACUCAACCCUUGAGAGAGGGAACCCUCACUGUCAUUCAACCAGGAGAUCCAGGAAACGAGAGACUCCAUCACAGCCUGGUUUCCUGUGGGUCAACAACCAUCUCCUGACCAAGAAAUGGAAAUCAAGUGCUUCAGGGGACGAUGCCUUCAGGGAAUCACUUCUCAUUGACUUUAGAAAGCUUUGUGCUAACGAUGAAGGACGUCUUGAUGCGCUGGUCAGUAUGGUGACUGAAGAGCAGAAAACAGGAGACACAGCUAGCGCAAGGGAUCCUGCAGAUCUUUAACCACCUCCUUCCCACGAUAUGGAAAUCAAGUGCAACAGGUGACGAUGCCUUCAGGGAAGCACUUCUAAAUGAUUUUAGAAAACCUUGUGAUGACGAUGAAGGAUGUAUUGAUGCACUGGUCAGUCUGGUCACUGAGGAAGUCUGAGUAGAACUGGCAUUCGGAUGAAAGUUAUUAUUUAUUAGGCUCCACUGAUGAGAUAAAACAAGAGACACUACUAAAGCCAGGGAUCCUGUGAAUAAAUAACAAUUUUCUUACCAAGAAAUGGAACUCAAGUGCUUCAGUAGAGGAAUUCUUGAGAGGAUGAAGACUCCACUUUGAUUAAAUCAUUUAGAUGAUGAGUACUCUAUGAUGAAUGAGUCAUGAGUAUAUUACAUGGAAAGUACUUGUUACCAAGAUAACUUAACACUAUGUUGCCAGCGCAGUAAUGUUUUUAGAUGAUCACUAUACAUGUAGCUGAUAUUUCCAUGUGAAAAACCAAGCAUUUAUCGUUUCAUUGAUAUCCAUUGUAUGGAUGUGUAGGAAGAUCUAAAGAAACAUAUUAUUGUGCGAGACAAGAGGCUGUCAAUUGAGCUAUGCAUAAAACUUAUUUAUAUUUAUAUUGGAAUUAUGAUCACAAUGUGCCUUUGUACUUGUAUAAGAUUUAACCUGUCCGACCAUGUAGCAAUCAAUAUUCCUCCUCAAUUUAGCCAAUAGUAAUACAUUUAUUGUUUGUUCAUUUUAUGGGAUUAGUAAAAAAAAAACCAUGACACCUCACAAAUCUUCAAUUUAAGGAAAAAAAUAUGUCAUGAACACAUAAUUAUUAAAAAUGGCCUGAGAGGGUAUGUUCUCCAAAAUAAUUUGACACCUUAUUUACGUGGUAUGUGUUAACACUUGGAUGACCAGGGGGGUGUUUCACAAAGAUUUAAGUAUGACCUAGAGUCGCACUUAAAUACCAAGUUGCAUACGGUAUU